UAUCAUCAGAGUGCUAUAAUAGGUCUGAACUAAAUAGCUCUUUGAGGAACUGACAUUCAUUUGUACUGACAUGGAUUUCCUACAGCAAGACAUAAUAAGUGCUACUGGCAAGGAGAAGCAGCAGGCCUCGGCAGCAGUGAGAGACAAUGGACAGACACCUGCUGACUUCAGCAGUAUCUACAGCAAAGAUCUGCUCCCAGCUGCAGGAGGCGAGGAGAUGACCAGAGGGUUCCUGCAGGAGCUGGUUCACAUCCUGUUGACCUACAUCAGCAAGUCCAGUCAGAGGAGCUCCAAGGUCCUUGACUUCCACCACCCUCACCAGCUGAGGGAGGGGCUGGACGGCUUCAGCCUGGAGCUGCCCGACCAACCAGAGAAUCUGGAGCAGAUCCUGGAGGACUGUAGAGACACUCUCAAGUAUGGUGUCCAUACAGGUCAUCCCCGUUUCUUCAACCAGCUGUCUUCAGGUCUGGAUGUGAUUGGUGUGGCAGGAGAGUGGUUAACCUCGGCAGCCAACACCAACAUGUUCACAUAUGAGGUGUCUCCUGUUUUCAUCCUCAUGGAGGAGUUUCUGCUGAAGAAGAUGCAAAGCAUUGUGGGAUGGUCUGCGGAUGAGGGAGAUGGAAUCUUCUGUCCAGGAGGAACAAUAUCCAACCUGUACAGCAUCCUGGUGGCCAGAUACCACUUCUACCCCGAGGUGAAGACCAGAGGCAUGGGAGCCCUGCCCCGGCUGGCCCUCUUCACCUCAGAACAUAGUCACUAUUCAGGGAAGAAAUCUGCUUCCGUGCUGGGGAUGGGCAGCGAGAAUGUGUUCGUGGUGAAAUGUGAUGAAAGAGGGAAAAUGAUUCCUGCUGACCUUGAGUCUUCCAUUGUUGCAGCUAAAGAAAAGGGUUUGGUUCCAUUCUAUGUGAAUGCGACAGCAGGAACCACGGUGUACGGAGCCUUCGAUCCUCUCAACGCCAUCGCUGACAUCUGCCACAAACACACACUGUGGAUGCAUGUUGAUGCGGCGUGGGGUGGAGGCCUGCUGAUGUCAGACAGACACAGGAUGAAACUUCAGGGCAUUGAACGAGCCUGGUCCGUCACCUGGAAUCCUCACAAGAUGAUGGGUGUCCCUCUGCAGUGCUCCGUCAUACUGAUCAAGAAGAGGGGUCUCUUACAGGGGUGUAAUGAGAUUGGGGCCACUUACCUCUUCCAGACGGACAAACACUACGAUGUGAACUACGACACCGGAGAUAAGAGCAUCCAGUGUGGCCGACAUCAGGACGUCUUCAAGCUUUGGCUCAUGUGGAAGGCAAAGGGCUCCCAGGGAUUUGGAUCUCAGGUCAACAAAUGCUUAGAGAAUGCAGAAUAUCUGUACGAGCAGCUGCAGAGGAGGACUGACUUUGAACUGGUCUUCAAACACAAACCGGAGCACAGUAACGUGUGUUUCUGGUACCUCCCCCCCAGCCUGAGGGGCCUGCAGCCUGGCCCUGACAGAGACAUGAGGCUCCAUCAGGUGGCUCCUCUGAUCAAAGGCAGGAUGAUGGAGAAGGGCUCUCUUCUGAUUGGCUAUCAGCCGUUGGGUGACAAAGUCAACUUCUUCAGGUGUGUGUUCUCCAACCCGGCCACACAACGGGAGGACAUCGACUUCCUGCUGGAGGAGAUCGCCCAGUUGGGAGAAGAUUUAUGAUCUGUGACGUGAUUAUUGGAUCAGCAUUUCUCUCCGGUUUUCAUUUUGAAGGAAAUGAGUGCACCAUUGUUUUACUGUGCCAUUCACAUUGCAUCCACACUUUCUAUAAGCCUUUCUACUUUUGGUGUUCUUACAGCGUUAAAGUGAGGAGGUUUGAAACUGUACACUAUUUAUUCAAAUAGAUUUUCUUUAUGGAU